AUGCCCAAUCCUCCAUUCCCAGUGCUUUUGGAGCAGAGCAAUAUCUACCAGUCAAAAUUUCUUAGUGACAAUUGGAUGGAAAAGAAAGGAUUUCCAUAUCUGGAGAAUAACCAAAAAAGUUGGUGGGAUACACCAAUAAAUCAGCUUAAGCUUCCCACAGUUCAGACUGUCGAUUCCACUGUUUCCUGCGAGGAUGUUAUCCAGACGCUUAAACUGAAGAGCGCGGCCAAUGCAGUAGUCGUUGACUCCUGUGGCAUGAUACAAGGUAUAGCCACAUUAGGGAACAUGGAGUCUUUAAUUCACGAUGGGAAGCUGCAGCUCACUGACCCUGUUAUGAAAACUAUUUACAACCGCUUCAGUAAGGUAAGACCAUUUCCUCUUGUGCAUUCUGUAAGCUUGACUUUAGAGCAUUUAGGAAAGGAAAUUAGGAUGUAA